CGUUUUGAAUUUUGUCCCCUAGGAGAAACUAACACAUGCACAAUCUGGCUCAGUUUCGUUGUUACUAGCUGUGCUGUAUGUACGACAGUACGACAGUACGACCGUGAUUCGAAUGCGCGAGUAACCUCUAAAAGCAACGCCGUGUCACUUCACGUGAUCAAUUCAAAUUAAUCGUGAUCGCGCGAGAAUGUGAAAAUUCAAUGUAUCAAUCGUCGAACGGUCGAUCUUUGUGUUCACAGAAUAUAAACAUUUGAACUGUGAGAAUGAAUUCGUUGUUGGACGACGAUAUAUUUGCACCUAGCGACGAGGAUUUGUUGGAAUCCUCUCCUACGAAAUGCAAUCCGGUGAAGGAUCAUUUGAUGAAACAAAUGUCUGACAUUGAAUCGCGGAUCGAGAAAAAGAAGGCUGCUAUUAAAGAGAUUCAAGACGUGACACAGAGUACUUUAGAAUGUUUAUACGGUCAAGCCUUGUGUGGAGAAGAUAAGACUGGGAAUUUUGAUAAAGACUUGUAUGAUAUAAAUGGGAAGCCGAUAAUGAAGAAAGUAAAGAAGAAUGAAGAAUAUUUGUUGGACGAACCUCUCCCAAAGUAUUUAUUUGUCGGGGAAAUUUGGAAACGUGUCCUUUCUGACAAAUGGGUUCUUGGAAUACCACUGAAAAACUGCAGCCAGACGACGUUGACGGAUGUCAGCAUUUACGUGUCUUCCAAGGAGAGCGACGAACUCUCCGGUGUGUCGAUGAUCUGGGAGUUCGCCGACGAAGCAUUCUGGAAUCGAACGAAUAAAAUUGAACGUGGAAACGAUCAGGAGCGCGUCCCUCACGCCACCGUCGUUCUCGAUCUACCGAAAUUCGAUCGGCAAUCGUUCUACGAGGUGUACGGGUCGAUUCUAUACGAAGCCGAUGAACAAAAGUAUCAGACUCCGUUACCUGUUACAAGCCUCACCAUCGAAGACUUCAUAAACAAUAGUUACAAAGUGGAUGUUUCGACGGAUAUUGUCCCGUUACACACGAGGUCUUUAGAAAGCGCUAAUUGGACGGCCACGAUUUUAACGUGGAAAAGUACGUCGGUCUUCAGAGCCGUCGAUUUACGCGUCGAUCAAAACCCUGGAAGGAAAGAAAAACUUCAGAGAUUCUUGGAACAAAAAUCUUUCCAACAAAUCUGCCCGACCGUUUACGUCGCGCGCGGAUGUUCGAUCGAUUGCAUGAUCGAGAUACUUUCUCCUGUCAAGAAGGAGCAGACAAUAAGAAUUUCUACUAGGUCCGAUCAGCAAAUGAACGUAAUGCUGCAACUCUUAAACGCAGAGUUUCCAGAUAUAAUUAUUAACGAAGUUGAUGAUAUUCUUCGCGCUGCGAAGACGAUCUUGGAAGAAUUGAAGUUAUAUCAGAGAAACGCUUGUACCGCCGAACUCCAAAUGGCAAGAAUAGGAACCGAUCUACUUAUCCCGUGAACAUGGUGAAACGGAUCAUCGUUCUAUGUAUAUAUUUAUAGAUAUUUUUGUUCAAUUUCUUGUACGAGAGCAAAUAGAGAUAAUCAUAUUUAAAAGAAGAUGUGUUGCUCAUUCGUCUAUGUAUACUAGAAAGAGGAUUUUUUUUAUUUAUCUUAUUAAAAGUUCUGUGUUUCAACAUUUUUAACGAAACCGAAAUGUCUAUUCUGCUGUCAAAUGUGAUAUUGAAAAAUUGAUAUGUAUUUCAAUUUAUGGAAAAUGAUUGUACAGAGAGAGGAUGAAUUAAACUUGGAUCUUGA